AUGGGGACUGCAGCAGCAGCAGCAGCAGCAGCAGCAGCAGCAGCAGCAGCAGCAGCAGCAGCGCCUGCUUCGGGGCGGCUGCUGCUGCAGCUAGCGCUAGUUGCUGCCUUCUUAGCAGCUUAUUGUGUCCAGCCUCUUUUGGUGGAUAUAAUCAAAUUCAAUGGAGGCGCCAAUUCGAGCACUUUCUCAAUUUUAAUUCCGCACUAUUACUCGAUGAUGAUGGUUGGCCUUUUGCCCACGAAGAAGUCCCUCGGCGUCUGCAGCAGCGUGGUGAUAACUCUCUGGAGUCUCAUCUGGACUGCCCCACAAUUCGAAGAGGCGGUGCUGCUGCCGAUUCGCCGCAAAGGAGGUUCUAUUCAUACUGUGGCUAGCUGCAGCCUGUGGCUGUUCAUUUCGGGGUGGGUCCACUCGGGGACUCUUUGGUAUUUAAUGUCCAGCUUCGGCGCCGUCUCCACUGGCAUUCUCAAGGUUGCCUCAACUCGGGAAGCAACGCCAGCCUCUCUGACGGACUUUGUAGUGCAUGCAGAGGAGGGGAGGCUCGAAAGCCCCAAACGCCGGCUGCUGUCUUGA